GCGGAUAGAAGGAGGAAUGAGAUAUUGAUAUUGAGCAUAAUCAAUUAUUAUUGUUUAUAAGUCGAGUUUGGCUGUAUCACUGGUGCACAGUUGGUUUGAGGUUGUCUUUGUCUGAGGGUUUGAGUUCCGCAGGUGCUGCAGUACCAGAACAUUGGCCCUACCUAAAACCUCAACUCAAUUGAACUACAUGAUGCAAUCAUUCAUGACAAUCUCAACUCGAUGAAGCAGUGGCUGAUAAUACAUCUUUCGCAAUCUCUGCUUAUACUUCAAAAAUGCUCCUUUCACUAAAACCCCUGCUUCUCAAGUCGACCCCAGUCUUGGCAAUAGUGAUGCACGGCCUUGUCGAUGCCCAAAAAACAUGAUCUACUCGAGACCCAAUAGUUGGAUCCUGCAUCAUUCUUUGGGAUUCUGCGGUUCCCCUUUUGGACUCAUCUCAUCUAGAGUCGGUCUUUUUUUUUUUUUUUUUUUGCAUUUCUCUUGCAAGCGUAUUCAUUCUAAAGCAAUACUUUCUACUUUCCUAUAAGUGAGUUUGCGAAGAGCAGUAAUUGAUGACGAAAUAGUCCUUUGAAGAAUACCGCAACGAACAUACAGUACAACCACGAAAUUUGCUUAUGGUCUCAGCUCAUUGGCUUCGAUUACCGUUAAUUCUCCAGUAUAUAAUUCAAUUCGAGUCUCCUAUGUUCGAGGGCGACACAAUAGGUGGUAUCGUCAACACAGUUUGGUUCUCUUACAUACCAUCAUUACUGUAUCAGUCCACUAAUAACCUUCACCAAAAUGGAGCGUGGCCGUCAACGGACUCGAAUCACGGGACCUCCUCAAAAUGCAACUCAAACAGCUGCCGAGUCAUCUGCGGAUGAUAGUCCAAGUCUAAGCCCUACCGGGUUAGACGUGAGAUUCACCUUAGACCAUCAACCUAGAGGGCGCUCUACUUCGCCUGCUCAAGCCUAUCUCGCGAGGCCAAGCGUGGACUCCCGAAGGAGCUCAUCGGUCAUGAGCAUAAUGCAGAUUGAUCAGAUUAUCUCCGAUGAUCGAAUCAACAUGGAGACGUAUGGGGUCUCCGAGAUACGCGAUGGCUUCUUUGACGCUCUCUUCUUAAAGCCGGACCCGGUGAAUCCAGAUGAGGUUGCUGAACGGUCCAAAGCUGCUCUGCCUAAGGAAUUCGAGAAGGGUCAUCCGUUAUCAGCAAAACACUUUCUCCCAAGGCAGCUCCAUGAGCUCAAAUCAGUGACACGCAAAGUUGCUACCACUAGAGCUGGCAUCAAGCUUCUAAAGUCGUUUCUUGCCUUUUUCAUCGCUUAUAUCUUGUGUCUGAUACAACCGGUCCACGACUGGCUAGGUUAUAAUGACUACAUCAUGGUGGUGUCUACCAUAAUAAAUCAUCCAGGUCGCAAUUUUGGUUCUCAAGUUGAUGGCACAGUAGGCACUAUCAUUGGUACUGCUGCCGGCCUUGCCUGGGGCUAUGUUGGCAUUUUGAUUUCAUCAACGAGUGAUGCUUUAAAGGCGUCUGGUUGGAUUAUUGUUGUCGUUUCCGCUGUGUUCUUUGCGGGCAUUGCAUUCAUACGUUCAUUCUUUAUCCGCCUAUACCAGACUGUUCUAUGUGCAGGCAUAGCCCUUGCGUUUACAACACUGGCCCAGACUAAUGGUAAUGCUUUCACCUGGCACAAGUCACUGCAAUACGGAAUUCCUUGGCUGUUAGGUCAAGCAAUUGCACUGGCGGUAAACUGUCUCGUCUUCCCUGAUGCCGGCAACCGCCUGCUUGCGGCCGCCUUUCAUAAAUCAUUCAAUACUAUGCAGGAAUCUCUUGUUAUCCCUAGGCCUAGAGAUACAGGACUCAGGAGGCGUCUUGCCAAAACAUUCAUGGACAUGUCACUUGCUUAUCGAGAUAUGAGAAUCGAUAUCACCAUCACUCGCUUCCGUCCAAAUGACGUGCGAGAGCUCCGUAAUUCAGUGCAAGGCGUGGUUAGGGCCCUUCUCUCUAUGAACACGGAUACGGAACUUUUCGAGGACUGGUCCGACACUCUUGAGAUCACUGUUGCAGAUGACGCGGGAAGUGAAUCCGAGGUCGAAGAUUCUGGCCGUAAGGUGGCUCGGGCUCUGUCGGGUCCUACUAGGGAGGUCAUCGAUUGUAUGUCAGAAGGUUUGAAGACAUGCCAUGCUGCACUCAUGGACCUGACAGGCUGGCGAAAGCACUUUGGCCCCUCUGCUGACGUUUCGUCUGACCUCGUUCCUGUCCAAUUGCGCAUGCAAAACAGCCUUGCAGCCUUCGAUACUGCGGAAGAUCAUCUCCUGAGAUCGAACGACAGGCCCGAAACGUAUGCCGAUCAUGGACAGGCUGUUGAAUUCCUCGUAUUCGCGAGACAUGUCCGCGAAACGGCAGGGACUGUUGUCAACCUCAUGGCCAUAGUUCAGGAUAUGCAUACCAGCUCUAAAAGGAUACGCGUCAACCUUCCUGUGUACCCUUUCGGGAAAGCUCUAUACAGAACAAACGAACAGGUUAGACACGAUCGUGGGGGCGUUACGGCUGGUAUGUAUCGAGCGACAUUUGCGGAGAUAGCAAAACUCAUAGAAACGACAAGAUCAACUGAGAAGCAUCAUCCUCGUGAGAACUACGAGGCGGUCACUGAACCAGAAGACUGCACAGUGGUCGAGUCGAUCAUCCAUGGCAGCCCUGCGUCGCAUAAAGAUAGGCUGGGUUAUAAGUUAUGGAAGCUCAUGCGCCGUGGUCAGGGGUUUGAAACCAAGUAUGCAAUAAAGGUUGUCAUUCUCCUUUCUGCUCUAUCUCUUCCUUGUUGUUUUGAAAGCACCUAUAGCUGGAGGAGGACGCCUUAUGAUGCAUGGUGGGCUGUCGCUAUGGGAUGGAUCAUGAUCCACCCUCGCAUAGGGGGCAACAUUCAGGACUUUUUUACUCGUGCUUUUGCCGCCAUUCUUGGUGCUGCGUGGAGUGGUGCAGCACAUGCAACGGGCGGCGGGAAUCCAUAUGUCCUGGGAGUCUUUGCUGCUAUAUACAUGAUUCCCAUGAUAUACCGCUUUACUCAGAGCACUCACCCGCGAUCUGGUCUUGUCGGCUGUCUGUCUUUCGCCGUAAUAUCUCUCACGUUGCGAGACGACAGUUCUGGAACUUCCGUUACACUACAGGGUGUUUAUAAGGGCUUGGUGUUUCUUAUCGGUACCAUAGCACCCAUCAUUGUGAAUUGGAUACUUUGGCCCUUCAUCGCUCGACACGAACUACGGAUCGCACUAUCAUCAAUGAUUUUAUACAUGAGUAUAAUGUACAGAAAUGUUGUUGCAAACUAUGUUUACUUCGACGAGGGUAAAGAUCCGACCCCUGAGACUAUCAGACGUUCUGAGAUGCUCGAAAGUCGGAUGCGUGAAGGUUUUGUCAGAAUCCGACAACUCCUUGUCAUGUCACGUCAUGAAAUUCGUCUUCGAGGCCCUUUUGACCCAAUCCCUUACUCGUGUCUCGCUGCCUCAUGUGAGCGAUUCUUCGAGUAUCUCAUUUCUGUUCGACAGUCCGCCCUCUUUUACAACCCAAAUUACAUCCGAGACAAUCCCGUGGCUGCUGAGAAGCUGCAUAGCUACCGGCGUGAUGCAGUGGCCGCUAUCCUCGGGAACUUGUACAUCCUCGCCGUAGCAUUGCGAUCUGAGCGCAAAGUUCCUCGCUAUCUACCAAGUGCUGCUGCAGCAAGAAAGAAGCUCCUUCAUAGAACCGCCGAAGUGGCCAGAGAAAUGGAAGAAGACACCGAAGGCUAUGAGCUUGAGCGACAGAAAACGUGGAGUGAUAUAUAUAGCUACUCAUACAAUGCGAGUCUUACUGGCUGUGUGGCCCAGCUGGAAGAGUUGGAGCGGUUCACAAAGCUCAUAGUAGGAGAAAAGAAGUUCGAGCGCCCCGCAAAACGCAUAGAAGACGAUGAUGAAGAUACUGAUGUAUCGCCUGAGCGGCUUUGAUUGAUCCUAUAUUGAUCUUAUCCUAUCCAUGCAAUGCAAUGCUAAACCAGUUCCGCUAAUCAAACAUAUGCGCCGUUGGUCAUUUCGUUCAAGAUGUCCCUCGUGAUAAGUUUUCCUUUUAAUAACGCCUUGUCGCUAAUCCUGGCCGUUUUCGGUGAACGCCUGCGGUUCUCCUUUCCAGAACAUUUCUUCCGUGGUGAUUUAAUCCUUUGUGUAGGGCCUGUUGCUGUGAUCUGUGUACCAAAGUCCUCAAAAUAAUGGUUCUCAAGCGCAUUGGCGGGCAUUUCGUAGAUCCAAUUCCGGUCCUCCAUCAAAGAUAUGAAUCGGCUUAGCAUACUGUCGCUGCCGCUGCCCUUGAGUGUCGAUUUGCUCCCAACAACGAGGAGCUUUGUUUUGGCUCGUGUGAAAGCAACAUUGAUUCGUCUCCAAUCCUUCAACAGGUCUCCAAUGUUACACGCUUCAUUGCUUCGCACGAGACUGAGGACAAUCACCUCCUUAUCUCGUCCCUGGAAACGAUCGGUUGUGUGCAUCUCUACUCCAGAGAACAUCUUGAGCUUGUCUUUGAGCAUAAAUAGCUGUGCUCGGUAGUGUGUCAUCACACCAAUUUCAGAGUCUGGAACUCCAACUGUCAAAAGGCCGUCAACGAGCUGAGAAACGAUGCGGACUUCAGCCGAGUUGACGAUUCGUUUGCCUUGGGCUUCUUCACGAACAGGAGGUUGGAUUGUGUCAGUGUUAACGAAACGCACGCGUGCCUCGCUAUCGAGAAGGUCAUAUAGCCAGCAUCGAUUCGGACCGGGGGCAGCGCAGAACGACCGGGGAGUUGCUGCAUUGAUGGUUGAUGCGUCAUAGUGUCGCUGCAUGAGAGCCUCCAUUCGUGGAACUUCAAGUUUCCGCCUUCGAAGCUGCUCUGUACCGCACCGAAGCCUUCCAUCAUAGAUGAGAGUGUUGCUCAGAGUCAUGAUAUCCUCACACAUGCGGUAUUGAUGUUCCAAGUUGACGACCGAUUGGGGGUGAGUGUCGGACAAGAGUUUGAACAGGCUGACAUCGAGACCGCCUUCGCGUGCUUCUUCGUUCUUGACCACGGGCGGAAGCUGGUUGUGGUCGCCAACAAGGACAAAAGUGCGAGCCAUUCUGAUCGGACCAGCGCAGAUGGGCAGGGUAAUUUGUGAUGCCUCGUCCACGAUGCAGUAAUCAAAGGAGCGUUCGUGGAAGACGGGAUGGUUGAUACCGAGACAUGUCGUUGCGACGAUUGGUGUCCCGUGCCAUGCAUUUUUGAUCUCAUCGAACGACUUCAUUGGGUGGCCUGCAAGAAUAGCGAAAUCCUGGACGUCGGGGUGUACUUUAGCGGGGGCUCCCAGACGAAGGAUAGGUAUCUUGUCAGCCUUGAGUUUCAGCAGAAUGUUGUCCACAGCAGUAUGUGUAUGCGAGGUCAGAAGCACACUCUUCCCCUGGGAUGUCAAAGCGCGGAUGAUAUGAGCAAUGGUUGUUGUUUUUCCAGUACCGGGCAUUCCAAGAACAAGUGCGUAGUCUUGAGCACUCAUGACUUUUUCAAUGGCUCGAUGUUGAUCAACAUUGAGGCUAUCUCGAUCCGAUACGAUGUACUGAGUUGGUGCAGCCUUAAAUCUGGGUGCUUCUAAAUCGACAAUCAGUCGUCGAAUUUGCCGCGCUCCCACGAUAUCGUCCGCCAUCAUCUGCACGAGGUUGUUGCGAACAGUCGCCAUUCCGUUGCUGAAUUCAUCUUGGUCGAGUCGAUAGCGAAUAGGGGCCUCUUUAAUUUUGCCCGUUGCCUCAUCCUGGGUCGCGCCCUCAUGGGCAACGUCCAUAAUGCUAGCAAAAAUCUGGUUGUCCCUCUCAUCGAAGCCAGGUUGUCGAAUGCGGGCAUUAUGGAGUCGCCUAUCGACUGCAACACUUAUUCGUUGCCUCUUGACCGCUGUAACGUAGCCUAUGGCCAAGGCGAAAUGGCCCUCCUCGUCAGAGACCACAAUUGGCUCUCCGACUGACAACUCAGACUCCAGGAAUGAGAAUCCUGAAACUUGAACUCGCUUGACAAAGGUGUAGUGGUAUCGAUUGAUCCUAGGGUUGUCCGUGUCGACUGAAGCUGAACCUUCUUCGAUGAUGACAUCUGCAAAGCAUCGAGAUUUCUUUUCUCGUUCAGCACUAGUCAUUGUCCAUAACUCUCUCUUGGUUUUUUGGCUCUCCUUCUCUUCUUUGGUCAGUAAAUUCUCCCACUUGAUGAAGAAUUGUUGGUGAUGAGGGGUUAAAUGCUUGACGAGCUCAUCAAAUUUCUCGUUCAUACCACUCGAGUCCCCAUCUCCGUCGUCCGCGAGUCGAUGAUAGAUAAAACAUGAUGUCUUGGCGUAGCAUUUCCCACACAUGUGCUUGCUCUUGAGCAUUGGUGGCAACUGGACGCUUCUUUCUCGAACGUAGCAUGCUAGUUGGUUUCUUUGCAUGAUCAUAUGUCGAAGCUCGUGUCGGAUUGCGGGAAUACGCAUCGUCUUGGAUGUUUCCAUAUAGUAGAGGAUUCCAUAUGCAAUCUCAAUGUCGUAGCGGUCCGAUAAGAGCAAAGUAUAGAGUGCUGUUUGAGCCAUAUGGUUACUGUUUGCAUGUUUACCCGUCUUGACCUCAAACGGCACAGUCAAAGUCCGAAUAUCAUUUCCAUCUUGCAUUGCAACUUCAACGGUUGCGUCGAUGUUGCCCUUGAGUCCGUACAUUGGGGACCACACGUGUUCCUCAACAUCCAAGAGCUUGGUAACGGCCAUGUUGGCCUUCUUCCCGUUUCGGUCUUCAACUACCGCAUCCUCCUUUGGGCGGGAAGAUACGAAAGCGCCAGCCCAGUAACUCAAUUCGGUCAUUUUCGAUUGUAGAUGCUCUCGAGCUGACGGUAUGCCAACUUUGAUAGUAUAAAGGUCUUCGACAUGCUUUUCUGUUAUUCGGUCGAUGACGGCGCAUAAAAAAGGGAGAUCCCACUUAUUAGCAAGAAGGGCCUCUUGGAAAAUUUCGUGUAGCAUUGUUCCAUAGAUAAGGGGUGGUGUUGGUGGACUGGUGGCCUUGACACGAUCUUGCAGCACAGCACGGCGCAUGCAACCGAACGAGUCAGCCACUACAGUUGCGGAUAUGAGUUGAUCAGGGUGUAGAAUAAGAAGAUUUUGGCCAUCGUCGAUGAUACAUUGACCUCUUGAAGAGAAACCGCCUAUAAUGUGAACGUAGGCUUCUGCAUGGGCUGGUGUGUCAAACCAUGAGGCCCUCAGAUGAACCGUCUUGAUAUCUUUUGAGUUGUCGGCUUGAAUGAGAAGAAUCUGAGGUUGCGAAUCAGCAAUAUUCGAGUAUGAUUGUCGAUUAAUUUACCUUUUCUGGUCGUGCAUGUCCAUAUUGAUCCGUAUACUCGCCCUCCAAGACAUUCGUCACCAGGUAUCGUUGGAUUGUUCUUGGUUUCCGGCUCUACCUGUUACUUAGCAUAUGGCGGAUCCUCCUAGGUUGUUCGACGUACGUCUCCGGAGCAGUUCUGGGCUGCUUGUGUGGCUGCCAAUUCCACGGCUUCAAAAUCAAAGUCUCCGCCAAAUGCGUCUCCAAAUUCAUCAUCCAAGUCGUCGAGUUUUGUUGUUGCUGGAGCCUGUGAUACCUGUUGAGAGUCCGCAGUAAUGAGAUCUUCUGCCUCGUCGAAGAAGUCAUCGUCCAAGUCGUCAAAUUCAUCCAGCUUGCCGUCAAACUUCUCCGGUGUCUCGUCAUCGAUCUCGCACAGUGGGUUAUUUUCAGCUACUGCUACCUCUGGUUGCGGAUUCGUUUCCAAUUGAGUAGUGUUGAUGCUGGCUUCAAGUUGCAUUAUUGUGUCGUCGUCAAAUUCGUCAAAGUCAUCAUCACCAUAGUCCGAGGAAGCAGGUUCUGGAGGUAGCAAUUGAACUGGAGGUCGAGCUGGAACCUGAACAUGCUGUUGUGCAGGGUGUUGUGCAGGCGUUUGGGACCUGGCUUGGGUUUUUGAGAGGCGUGGAGAGCCACUGCUAGUGGUAUAUAUCCGCCUCUUCUUAGGAGAAGGAGAUUCUGGAGCAUCUUGAGGCUCCUCGCGGGGCUCCUCACUUGGCCCGUUGAUGCUACUGGUCACCGUAUCGAGCAGUGCAUUUACCAUUGAAGACUUGGACGCCUCCAUCUCUUCCAUCUCGGUACUCAGGCGACUACCUGACGUCGAUCUUUCAACCCUUCUCCUUUUGGGCCAAUUCAAGCCGCAACUUAUUGCUCGUCUGAGAUUGGAUUCGCCAACCGUUGGUUUCGAUGGCCGUGGCGAAGACGAUACCAUCAGCUGUGCAAGUGCAGGGUUUGCAAGUCCUAGAGGACUACCUGCAUUGUCGGUUCCGUUUAGCGAGUAUCGGUCCCAUAAUUCCAGUGUUGGAUCCGCGUGUGGUGACUUGAGGGCUUGCGCCAGCUUCUUGACGUUCACCGAGGGUGUGUUGGACUUGUCCGCUACCGGAGAUGAAACAGGCGAUGAGCUCCUAGCACGCUUUCUUCCUUUGCGGUUCAACAUGGGAGACAAUGCUGGCAUGUACAACGUAUCCUGUCUGUUGUCCCAGAGGAGCCGGUCAUUUGGCGAUGUAGUUGUGUCAUCUUCGGUACCACCUGCAGGUUCGAGCAGCUCUUGCCAGGUCAAUCGAGUAGCGGGCGUAGUCGUUGUAUCGUCCUUGGUUCGGUUGUUUGAUACAUUCUGUUCGUUUUCUGUGCUCUCUGAGACUGAUUCGCCAUUCGCGGGGUGAUACUGAAACUUAUUGAGCUUGUUCUUGGUCAACUCGGACACAGGCUGGAGGGCUCGAGGCCUUGGUGUUUGCUGAACAGGGUUGCUCCUCGAUCGCUGCCAUGGCGAGCGCUGUAACCGUUAGUGAUGCUCAAC